CUCCGCUCCUUUUAGGGAAUAUUUAGUUUCUAUGACAACUAUGGAAUGCCAAUAAGAACGAGAAGAUCUUAUUAUUGAUUUUUGCAUCAUAGUGAAUGUGAUGCCACAUAUAACAGAAUGUGAUUAUCUGACUCCCGAGUGUAUAUAGACAAUCACUGCUCAGACAGUAUACGAGUGUUGAACAACAUUGAUGAAGAUCCCACUGACACCUACAUCAGCCACAGUAGAGAAAAGCCCACAGGGACGGAAGGACGGACGGACGGACGGACAGACAGAUAGAUAGAUCAAACAUUAUGUAUUUGCAUCAGGGUUUCAUUAUUAAUCUUAAUGUUGGUAUUAAAAAAUGUAGGGCAUUAUAUUGUAUACGGAGGCUUCUGAGUAACUCUUUUUGAAUAUACACUGCCUGCCCCAAAAAAAGUUGCAUACUCUCAUAUUACAUUGGACCGCCUUAAGCAACAUUUAUUUAUGUCCAGAGUUGUAUUCUUUUUUGAGAGGCUUGUACAGUGGGCACUAUGCAUGAUGGGUGCAUUGCUUCAUGUGCUUCCCUUUUUACCCGGACGCGCCCAUCGCUUUGUAAUAGGGUAAAUCUGGACUCAUCAGACCACAUUAACUUUUUCCAUUGCUCUGCAGUCCAAUCUUUAUUUUUAAAGUCAUUUUUCCCGAUUUUCCUCAUUAACAAGUGGCUUUCUUGUGGCCACACAGCUGUUUAUUCCCAAUCCUGUAAGUUCUCGUUGCAUUGUAUGCAUGGAAAUUAUCUUUCUUGGAGUCAAAAAUGUUGAGAACCACUAGUUUAGGACAUGUUUCUAAAACAGUAGAUGGCGGUAGUUUGCGGUCCGCCGUUAAAAAUCAAGAAGAAGAAGAAGAAGAUGAUGACGCAGAAGAAGCUGCCAGUUUGUUUGUUUAUAAUAAAUCUUCCGAGCGUUGGACAAUAGACAACGGCAUGGGCGGAAAUAUAAUGCCCGAAUAUCUAACAUGAGAAUUUAAAUGUAACUCAGUGUAAUCCGGACAAGUUUAAGAAUCGCGAUACUUACAUAGUGCGUAUAGAAGUAUGGAAGUAAAAUCCCGCGAAUAUUCUCAUCAUCCUAAACGUGAAGAAGACUUGUUUCAACACGAACAGGAAUAACUCCAGGUGUUAUCUGCGUGAGAAAUCAUUGUAAAAUGAUGUUUAUUAAAGAAGAGAGUGAGGACAUGAGUUAUCCAGAAGCAUGCAGUUCAAAUGCCAUGAAAGAUGAAGAUACUGAGGAACAAAGAGAUCUGAUGCAAGUGAAAGAGGAAUGUCCAGAACUGAAUGAAGUGGAAGAGAAACACCAUCCAGAUCAGACACUUUAUAGUUUCAAAACAAAGCAAAAGUAUUUUAGUGACUCACCAAAUCAUUUAUCACAAAAAAGAACUAAAAGAACAACAGUAAAAAAUUAUUUCACCUGCCAUCAGUGUGGAAAGAGUUUUGGACAUAAAGCAGAUCUUAAGCGUCACAUGAGUAAUCACACUGUAGAGAAGCCCUUCUCCUGCCGGCAUUGUAUGAAGAGUUUCAAACGCAAAGAAAAUCUUACUAGGCACAUAAGAAGUCACACUGGUGAGAAGCCUUUCACCUGCCAUCAGUGUGGGAAUACUUUUACACGUAAAGCAAGUCUUCAUAAGCACAUGAGAAUUCACACCGGAGAGAAGCCUUUCACAUGCCCUCAUUGUGGGAAGAGUUUCAGACAGGCAUGUAAUCUCAAAACGCAUCUGUCCUUGCACUCUGGAGAAAAGUUAUAUAGCUGUGAUCAGUGCAGCAAAACAUUUUCUUCAACAUCAAUCUUGAGAACUCACCUGAAAGGUCAUGCAGAUGAGAAGCCCUACUUGUGUUCAGUUUGUGGAAAGACUUUUUCACAGCUUCACACUUUAAAAGAGCACCAGAACAUACAUACUGGUGUGAGAGAUCAUGUGUGCUCGGAGUGUGGGAAGGCUUUUCACAGAGCUUUUGACUUGGAACGCCACAAAAGAAUCCAUACUAGAGAAAAACCUUACAAGUGUUCACAUUGUGGAAAGAGUUUCAGUCAGUCAGGAGCCCUGAAAGCACAUGAGAGAGUGCAUACUGGAGAGAAGCCAUACCACUGCACUUCAUGUGAGAAGAGUUUCACUAGUUCAGGAAGCCUGAAAAAACAUGAGACAAUGCAUACUGGUGAGAGGCCAUACCAUUGUACUUUAUGAGGACAUUUACACUACAUGCGCAGUAAGAAUCUACCACAGGUUUUGGAGUUGUCGCUAUCUGUCUGUCCAAGUACAGAUGACAUACAAAUUUGUGAACAAAGGAGAUCAGCUGAGAAAGUGACAGACGCUUUUCUGUUGAUCUUUUCUUAAUAGGGGUUGAAGUCAGUUACAGUGAGAGCACACAACAACACAGGCACCACAACAUGGAAAACGUUACAGCCAUGUGCAAUUCUUAUAUUUGUUGAUUUUGGCGCUGAUCAGACGUACGUUAUCUGUUGUACUUAUGGGGACGUAGGCAGAAGAUUUGCUCCUGGAUUGUUCUAACUAUACGAGCUCUGCAUUGCUUUACUUUCAUCCUUUUAAUCACAGCGUAAAGUGUAAUAAUAUAAUUUAGACUGAGGAUAGAAGUUUUGAAUAAAUAGACAAUUAAGUUAUGUUUUGUCUAUUUUCUUAGUGAUCACUGGUAUUUGUUUUCUGUAUACUUAAACAGUUCAGUGUCUGUACCUGUCAUUUGCUUGUGCUGUAUAUUCAAUA